GUGGGUAUACGAGCGGAAAUCUCCGAAAAACUCAAAAAGGUACUGCUACCCGAAUAGGUUUAGCCUUAGAUACAUCGUCCCGAUAAGAGCAACUGAGAAUCUUUCUUCACGCGGGGUCAUCUGCCGCCCUUGGUAUCACGAGAACCAAGGCACAUCUGCCUCUACGCGCUACUUUACCCGUUUGAUACGUGCCGGGCUGACAAUGGGAGACAUCGAAAACACCUGUGCCUCCCUGCGCGCCCAAAUCGCCGCCACCGAGGCACACCUAGCGGGGCUGAAACGAGAUCUUGAGAGUGCAGAGCAAGCGGCUGUUAAUGCCCGGGCGCAGGACGCUCCAAACGCUAUCUUUACAGUUGACAGCCAAGGUGGUGAAAAGAGGAGGUGGCCGCUGCUGGACGAGGAAUAUCAACGAUAUGGACGACAGAUGAUCGUACCGCAGGUGGGGUUACAGGGUCAGCUGAAGCUUCGAUCCGCAAGAGUUUUACUUGUUGGAGCUGGUGGUUUGGGAUGUCCGGCCGCGCAGUAUCUCGCCGGAGCUGGAGUAGGCACACUGGGCCUAGUCGAUGGGGAUACGGUGGAGUCUUCGAAUCUUCAUCGGCAGGUGCUGCACCGGAGCAAGAAUGUGGGGAGGUUCAAGGUGGAUAGUGCGAUUGAAUCUCUGCGGGAAUUGAACCCUCACCCUACGUACAUUGCUCACCGAGCGCAUCUGGCACCCCAAGAUGCGGCUGAUAUUUUCAAGGGUUAUGACCUCAUUCUCGACUGUACGGAUAACCCGGCGACGCGUUAUUUGAUCUCGGAUACCGCUGUGCUUCUUGGAAAACCAUUGGUUUCAGCUUCUGCCCUGCGGACGGAAGGUCAACUGAUGGUGUUGAACAACCCUCCGCGACCGGUAGGAGAUAAGACGGGCGGUCCAUGCUAUCGAUGUGUUUUCCCGAGACCACCUCCGGCAAACAGUAUUCUUAGCUGUGCGGAUGGUGGCAUUCUUGGCCCGGUUGUCGGCACAAUGGGUGUUUUGCAGGCUUUGGAGGCGAUUAAGAUUAUGACCGGUGCAGAUGAAGAUAUUAAGACCCCAUCGCUGCAUAUUUUCUCGGCUUAUUCUUCCCCUUUGUUCCGAACCAUCAAGCUGCGUUCGCGCCGGCCAAAUUGUGCCGUAUGUUCUACAGAGGCUAGCGUGACAUUGGAGACCGUCAAGUCAGGGUCUACCGACUAUGCUUUCUUCUGUGGAA